AUGCAGAUGGGAAAGGGGAGAAGAGGGGGAUGGAGGGUUGGGGGAAGGGGAUUGGGGGUGGGAGGAAUAAGUUUUAGAAAAUUGGGAAUUUUAGGGUUGGGAGGGGAGAUAGAGGUGUUUGAGGGUGUUUGGUGAGGCUGGAAAUGGAUUUUGGAUAUAGGGGUGGGUGAUUCUCCAAACAAAAGCUUUAACAACUCAAACAGAAGCUUUAAUAACACAAACAAAAGGAAGAAGAAGGGAAAAAGGAGAGGCAAGAGAAAUACAACAACUGUAGUAGUCACCGGAGAGUCUCCAACGAAAAAUAGAGAUGAAAAGAACAAAGCUCAUACUGAAGAUCAUCCAUCAAGCCAAGGAGAAGAAAGCAAGGAUAAGAUUGAGAAUCAGACUCCUACAUCUUCUGAUGCUCAAAAUGAUAGCAUCGCUAGAUCAGAAGAUGCUACUCCUGUUUCACAAAAGGAAGAAGUAUCCAAAAUUGAUGAGAACGCUCAAGAAGAAAUCAACGAAGCAGUCAGAGAAUUAACCGGUAAAGAAAAAGUUGAUGAAGAACACCCGGAAAACAAAGAGCAUUCAGAAGACAAAGACCAUAAGUCUGAACAAAAGAACGAACAGGUUUCUCAAGAAGAACCUGUUGAACCAGAGCCAGUGCAAGAAGAAGUCAAAGAAGAACAGCAAAAGGAGGAACCGCAAGAGGAAGAACAGCAAGAGGAAGAACAGCAAGAGGAAGAACAAAAAGUAGUAGAGCCUCAAAUAGAGGAGCCUCAAGAGCAACCCCAAGAAGAACCAAAUGAGGAGAAAGAGCAAGAAGAGCAGGAAGAGCAAGAAGAGAAGGAAGAGCAAAAAGAGCAGGAAGAGCAUGAAGAGCAUGAAGAGCAGGAAGAGCAGGAAGAGCAGGAAGAGCAGGAAGAGCAGGAAGAACCUCAAGAGAAACCACAGGAAGAACCUCAAGAGAAACCACAGGAAGAACCUCAAGAGAAACCACAGGAAGAACCUCAAGAGAAAUCACAGGAAGAACCUCAAGAGAAACUACAGGAAGAAGAUAAACAAGAGAAUCAACAAGAACUUGAGACUAAAGAAGAACAAGAGCAAAAACAAGAUGAGCUAGAUGUGAAGGAAGACCAACUUGAAGAAAAACAAAAUGAGGUAGAAGAUAUGAAGGAAGAAGAGCCAGAGGAAGUAGAACAAAAGGAAGUUAAGCAAGAUGAGCCUGAAAAAGAGAACAAUCAAGAAAAAGAUCAAGACCAAAAUCAAGAUGAAGCUGAAAUUGAAGACAAGCAGCUUGAAGAAGAGAAUAAUAAUGAUCAAAAAGAAGGAGAAAGAUUUGAGAAAAAGGAGGAAAUUAAGGAAUCAAAUGAGAAUAAUAAUGAGCUAGCUGCAAAAGAACCAGCUGCUGAAGAGCCAGCUGCAGAAGAGCCAGCUGCAGAAGAGCCAGCUGCAGAAGAGCCAGCUGCUGAAGAACCAGCUGCUGAAGAACCAGCCUCCGAAGAGCCAACCCCUGAAGAAUCAGUUAAUGAAGAGCCAGCUUCUGAGAAGCCAUCUCCUGAAGAGCCAGCUAAUGAAGAAGUCAAAGGAACAGAAGUAGUAGAACCUGUAAUACAGAAAGAUACUAUUGAGAUACCAAAAGGUCCUAGUAUAGAUUCUUUAAUUAAAUCUACUGAAAGCCGUUUAUCUGGCCCUCCAGAAGAAUUAGAAGUUGAAGACUCUAACACAGUAAGUAAGGAGCCUGGAGAAGUAUCUGAAAGUAUUGAGAACGAAUAUGAUAUCAUCAAGAGCCAGGGGGAGGGUAAUGCGCAGUCUACUUUUGAAGAAAUCAAAAAGGAUGCCCUUAAAGACUCCCAGCAAGAACCAAAGCCAGAAGAGUGAGAAGCUGAAGAGCCACAACCAGAAGAAGAUCAGCCUGAAGAGCCCCAGCAAGAAGAAGCUAAAAAUGAAGGAAUCCAAAAUGAAGAAAUUAAGGUUGAACCAGAACAAGAAACUAAUGUCCAGGCCAAUCUUGAGAUUGAUGAAGAAGUUGUUGAUGAAGAAGUUGGUGAUGAUGGCCAGAAAGUCAAAGAAGAGACUAAAGAAGAAGCACCAGCCGAACCGACAGAAGAAGAAAAGAAAAUCAAUGAGCUUCAUCAAGUUCUCUUCAAAGCAGAUGAGCUCAAGCAAGAAGGCAAUAAUUUGUUCAGAAAAUCUUCUGGAGAUGCUGAAGAAAACUGCAAAUUAGCAUUGCAGAAAUAUAACGACUCAUAUAGAAUCUUGAGUGUAAGGGGAAAUGAUUUCAUGCAAACUCCUGCUUUGAUAGAAAUAUACAGAGAUGCUAUGAGAGCUUCAAUGAUGAACUGUGCAAUGAUGAUGCUUAAAUUAAAGCAGUACCAGAAUGCUUUAGAUAUGCUCAAAUUUACCAGUGAGUUCACUACCUCUCCAGAGCACAUCCAAAAACUGAAAUAUAGAAUGGGAUGUGCUUAUAAUGGACUUGGCAAUCAUCAAGAAGCUUAUAACAUACUUGAAGAAACUAUUAGCAAAGGUUCGAAAGACAAAUUGGUAAAAAUGGAGCUAAGUAAAGCUAAGAAAAUGCUUGGUCAAGAAAAAACUACUCAAGACCAAAAAGAUACCUAUGCAAAGAUGUUCAACCCAGAUAAAAGAAAAGAGAUUGAGAGGAAGAGAACUGAAGAGAAGAAAGAGGCCUCCCAAAAAGGAGAUAAGUCAGUUGUUGAACCAGAGAAUAAUAAUGAUGACAACGGUAAUAACUUCCUUCCACUCAUUUUUGGUGCAGUAGCAUUUGCUGGAGUUGGAUUCCUAGUUUAUAAAGCACUUAAUUCUCGUUAAAAUAUAUUUACCAAGCAUUUCAGCUUUA